AUGGACAACGAAGAAAAUGAGCAAUAAGAUCUUUCAGUAGGUGUGUUAUAAAUAAUGCAUUUGUUCGCUAUAUAUACCAUUAUAUAUUAAUUUUAAUUCCUAUUUUAUCUUUAGUUUAUAACCAAUUAAAUAAGAAAGAUAUUGGAUUCAGACCCAAAAAGUUAACAAUAUCAAGAGAUUUAUAAGUAUAAAUAUAUUAAAAAUCAUUUAGAGUUAAGCUUGUGAUAUUUGUGCAGUUGGAUUUGAAAGCAGAUAUUAAUAAUAAGAAAGAGGUAAAUAUAGAAAAAUAAUAGUUAUAAAGGUAUGACAAUAAUAUCCUGUUAUGGUUGUUAAUUGAGUUGUCACUUAUAUUGUUAUGGUAUUUCCACUGA